ACAUAUCUCCGCUCGUUGCUGUCUCUUAGUUACGGAUGAAUCCGCGAGUGUAUGAUAGUUGUGAAUAACUUAGUGACACUUUUGGAUGUUUCUCGUGAUCUAGCAAUAAUGGCUGGAUCACUAGUGUUGUUAUUAGUGAUGUGUACAGGCAUCAUAGCCGCCGAUAGGAAAAUUACCAUCGCCGACAAACUUAAGGAAGACUCUGACCUUUCUCAGUUCUUUUCAUUGGUGGAGCGCAAUGCAGUUGCAAAUACGAGUUUGCAAUACCGGCAGCUCACUAUGUUUGCGCCUACAAACGAAGCCUUUCAGAGGUACAAUGGAGAAAUGGACGAUUCUCUAGUACUUUAUCAUAUUUCAAACUUAGCUACUACCCUUACGAAUUUGGAUUACGCUUUAUCAUCAGAGUUCGAUGGAAACCCUCCACUCUGGGUAACGAGAAGAAAGGAUCACAUGCAUGAUGAUAUCUACAUAAACAAUGCUAAAGUUUACGUAUCCAGGUCCUUUCAGAGUGUGAAUAGAAAUGGCAAACGACAGGUUCUUCACGUGAUAGAUCAAGUUCUACAACCGCUACAACCUCAUGGUCCUGGCUCCAGCAGCAGUUCAGUGUAUAAUCCUAAUGCAUAUCAGUUUUUGCAACACUCGGAUGAGUUUAAUAUAGGACAACAUAGGUUAAGGUCCUUCCGGCAAAAAGUGAACCAACUACAAAAGAAAGAAGUGUUCAAUGCUGACGGCAGAAAUACUUUCUUUAUUCCCGUUGACGAAGGUUUCAAGCCUACAACAAGAUCGGAUCUAAUAGACGGGAAAGUUGUAGAUGGCCAUGUAAUUCCGCACCACGUACUUUUUACACAAGCAACGCGCGACACACUCGAGUAUGAAACGUUAGCUUUUAGUGAUAACGUUAAAGUUAUCAUAUCAUUCAGUACAGCUAUGAAUGGAAAAGAAGAGAUCACUUACGUGAAAUCAAACACGGUAGCCGGCGACGCAAAACACAGCCGAGGAGUAGUACUGGCUGAUAUCGUAAAGGCUAACAUUCCAGUUAAAAACGGUGUGGUCCAUCUAAUCCAAAGACCAUUAAUGGUAGUGGAUACUACAGUUGUCGAUUUUCUUAAGGAAAAAGAAGAUGGCCCGCUGUGCAAGUUUUAUGAAGUGAUAAUGGAUUUAGGUGCCAAUAACCAGUUCUUCAAAGAGCUCACUAUGGCUAAAGAUAUUACACUUUUCGCGCCUUCUAACGAAGCCUGGAAUGAAUAUAGUGUCCAAAAUAUAAUCAGAAAUCAUCAAAAACUUAUGGAAAUCCUAAAUUUACAUCUCGUACGUGAAAGAUUACCAAUGGAUGCAAUUAUACAUAAUAACAUGAAUCAGAUUUAUCAAGCUCCAACGGCAGCACCUCGAAAAUAUCUUUACUUCAAUGUAUUGAUUCGUGGACAUAACCAGACAUUGACCGUGGAAGGCGGUGGAGUCAACGCUACGGUCACACAGCCAAAUAUCGCUGCUACUAAUGGAUUUGUUCACAUCAUUGAUAGAGUGUUGGGAGUCCCCUACACGACCGUAUUUGAGAAAUUGAAGACUGAUCCAAUGCUCAACGUUACGUACAAUCUCGGCAAACGGCAGAUGUUCAAUCACCAAUUAAACGAAAUGGAGCACCGUUAUACUUACUUUGUUCCUCGUGAUCACGCUUGGCUUAAAUUUCAAAUCCGACAUCCAUCGGCAUUUAAAGCCUUAUUUAAGGAAGAUUUUGGUUAUUUCACGAAACAAAUCUUAGAACGGCACGUUAUACGUGCAGGGCGAGCAUACACUGUAUCUGAUUUGAAACUGCUUGCAAAUGAAACACAUCCGUUUGUUUUGCCGACUUCGCGCGAUCCGCUCAGACUGCGUGUCAAGGAAUCUGAUAAGAACUAUUACGUAGAAUGGAAUGGCCACUGGAUACAUGUAUUCCGCCCCGACGUGGAGUGUACAAACGGUAUCAUUCACGUCAUCGACGAGCCCUUCGUGCUUGAGAGCGACGUCCGCGCGACAGGCGCCGCAGACUCUCUUCGUUUAGCUUACUCCGUCUUUUUAUUACUUCUGACUUUUGGUUUUGCAAGAAUUAUACAGGACUAAUUGAACCUCUUAAUUUUGCACAUGGGCGCCAACAGAAAAAAAUAAAUUUGUCUAGAAUAGGCCCUACAUUAAACAACUUUGACUUAUGUCUAGCUUAUACUUAUUCAGCAUGCGUUGAUACUGGAAUUACUAAUAAAUGGAAGUACAACACCUAUACAUACAUUCUUGCUGGCGCCCAUGUUCAUGUUAAAAUAUUCAAUUUAGCAAAAUUAUUGAGCUGUAAUAUUUACAGUUAAUACGAAAUUAAUAACUACCCGUAUCUAAAUAUCAACUUGUGUUUUUAUUAUUUUUUGUAAAUGUAUUUUUGCAAUAUUAAUCACUUCGGAGUUAUAGGACUUGUUAGUUAUUUUGUAAGUAAUAAAGAUGGCAAUACGAUUUUAAUAGUUACCAUUAUUAUCGACGGUAUAGGUAGCUAUGUUUAUAAUCCGUCUUUCGACGCCCUUAGUAUUCGAUUUGUAUGUAUUGAUAAUAAUGUAGAAUAACGAAAUAAUCGCCAUCAACUCAAAAAUAAAGCAGAUUUUUUUAAUAUUCCAAUAAAUGGUGGUUUUUAGUUGUUAAAUAGAAUAGAUAUUUAUACAUUUAUUUAUAAGCAUUUUGUCGAUGGAUUUGAUCUUAUUGACUGAAAUAAACAAUUACCUUAUUAUUGUAUAAUAUAUAAAUUUAUAAAUUAUAUUAUGUAAUAAUAAUAUGGUAACAUAAUCAAUUAGGUAAAUAAUAACAUAUACACUGCCAAUUAUGAAAUAGGUACAUACAAAUUAUACUAUUAUAUUAAGGAGCCCUCCUUGCUAAUUUUAUUUGCAUUACAACAUAUAAAUGAAGAUUUUAUUAUUCAUAAUGGUUAUAUUGCGACAAUUUGGAAAAACGAGAUAUUUCUACCAUU